GCAGCUUCCAGAGCGCGGGUCCCGGACUGUGGGUCUCCGUCCUGGUCGGGUCACCUCACGGACGAGCUUUCCGGGGGGGAUCCUGUCCGCGGGGGUCGCCGCACCGACAAGCCCUCCGGAGUCGGCUCCCGUGUCAGGAAAAGCCGCGGUUUUUCGGAGUGGUUUGAGUUGUCUUUUUAUGAACAGCGCUGCCAGAGACCGUUGAAAAAUCAACACCCAUGGAUUUUAUCUGACUGUGUAGAUCAGGUUUUUUUAUUCUGGAUAUCAUGGUAACAGUACAGGAAAUAUGCAUUAUUUCUCAUGUCUGCAAGUAGUCUUCACUGCUGAAGGAAGCAAUUUUUUAAGCUACAGCCAAAUUCAUUUUGGUACCUUUUAUGGAAAUCUUGAUUUUGUUUUUACUUUUUUAUAACCUUUUGCAAAGGGUAUGAACAAGCAAAGAGCUCAUCUCAUUAGGCAAGUCCACAUUAAUAAGAAUGCCUAGAAGAGGGUUGAUUCUUCAGACCCGGACCCACUGGCUACUGUUGGGUCUUGCUUUACUCUGCAGUUUGAUAUUAUUUUUAUACCUUCUGGAAUGUGCCCCCCAGACUGAUGGAAAUGCAUCUCUUCCUGGUAUCAUUGGGGAAAAUUAUGGUAAAGAGUAUUAUCAAGCCCUCCUACAGGAGCAAGAAGAACAUUAUCAAACCAGAGCAACCAGUCUGAAACGCCAAAUUGCCCAACUGAAACAAGAACUACAAGAAAUGAGUGAGAAGAUGAGAUUUUUGCAGGAGAGAAAGAAUGCAGGGGCUAAUGGCAUAGGCUAUCAAGGCAACAAAGAACAAGCACCUAGUGAUCUUUUAGAGUUUCUUCAUUCACAAAUUGACAAAGCUGAAGUUAGCAUAGGAGCCAAACUACCUAGUGAGUAUGGAGUCAUUCCCUUUGAAAGUUUUACCUUAAUGAAAGUAUUCCAGUUGGAAAUGGGUCUCACUCGCCAUCCUGAGGAAAAGCCAGUUAGAAAAGAUAAGCGAGAUGAAUUGGUUGAAGUUAUUGAAGCUGGCUUGGAGGUCAUUAAUAAUCCUGAUGAAGAUGAUGAACAGGAAGAUGAGGAUGGUCCCCUUGGAGAGAAACUGAUAUUUAAUGAAAAUGACUUCAUAGAAGGUUAUUAUCGCACUGAGAGAGAUAAGGGCACACAGUAUGAACUAUUUUUUAAGAAAGCAGACCUUAUGGAAUAUAGACACGUGACUCUUUUUCGCCCUUUUGGACCUCUCAUGAAAGUGAAGAGUGAGAUGAUUGACAUUACUAGAUCAGUUAUUAAUAUCAUCGUGCCACUUGCUGAAAGAACUGAAGCAUUUGCACAGUUUAUGCAGAACUUCAGGGAUGUAUGUAUUCAUCAGGACAAGAGAAUUCAUCUCACAGUGGUGUAUUUUGGUAAAGAAGGACUUUCUAAAGUCAAGUCUAUCCUAGAAUCUGUCGCAAGUGAGUCUAAUUUUCACAAUUACACCUUGGUCUCAUUGAAUGAAGAAUUUAAUCGUGGACGAGGACUAAACGUGGGUGCCCGAGCCUGGGACAAGGGAGAAGUCUUGAUGUUUUUCUGUGAUGUCGACAUAUAUUUCUCAGCCGAAUUCCUUAACAGCUGCCGAUUAAAUGCUGAGCCAGGUAAGAAGGUGUUUUACCCUGUGGUGUUCAGUCUUUACAACCCUGCCAUCGUUUAUGCCAACCUGGAUGUGCCCCCACCUGUGGAACAGCAGCUGGUUCACAAAAAGGAUUCUGGCUUUUGGCGAGAUUUUGGAUUUGGAAUGACUUGUCAGUACCAAUCAGAUUUCCUGACCAUUGGUGGAUUUGAUAUGGAAGUAAAAGGUUGGGGUGGAGAAGAUGUUCAUCUGUAUCGAAAAUACUUACACAGUGACCUGAUGGUGGUUCGGACUCCGGUUCCUGGCCUUUUCCACCUCUGGCACGAGAAGCGCUGUGCUGACGAGCUGGCCCCCGAGCAGUACCGCAUGUGCAUCCAGUCCAAAGCCAUGAACGAGGCCUCGCACUCGCACCUGGGGAUGCUGGUCUUCAGGGAGGAGAUCGAGACGCACCUUCACAAGCAGGCGUACAGGACAAAUGGCGAAGCUGUUGGCUAAUGUCGUCAUUGACACAUUAUCUGAACCACAAACCAGGACUAUUUGUUUAGCCUUAAUUCCAAUUCCAGAUGCAGUGCCUCUUUCAGGAAGACAUGCUUUUGUGUUCUUGCUGAUGUUACUUCAGCAGUUUAACUUGGUGUGAGAAGAAAAAGCAGCAUUGCAAUGCAGAGUCUCUUUUUCUGAGCAUACCUCACUAUGGAUCAUUGACAAAUCAAAAUCUGGUAUUUGUUCUGAGAGUAGUCUUGAGUUAGUUUCUACCUGGCUUCAUGUUCUGAUGUGUAUCCUGGUUGCAUCUGGGCUGAGGGGUGAAAUGUGUUGUGCUCAAGGUAGGUUGGAGCAUCCUGUUCCUUUAGAGAGGAUGGAGUGUUAUGGAUGGAGUGUGUCAACAAGGGUUCUUCACCUGCUGACCACUGAGUCAACCUGCUUGGUUUUAAAUGAAGAUCUUUGGUCAUUUGCUUAAAGAAUCCUUUUUCACUGAAGCAGAGUAUAACUAAAUGACAUACCUAAAUUCCCAACUAAUGAAGAGCAGGCAGAGAUAAAAAUUCCUCAGCUUUGUGUUGCCUAGCCCCCUGAAUGUCUAUUUUUAAACAAAUGGGUAAUAGUAGAAAAUACUAAGGAUAGAAUCUAUCACUUGAUUAAAAAUAUAAUGUGUUACAAAUUUAUCAUCAUGUUCAGGAUUAGGAGUCAGAGUUGCUAUAGCCUGUUCUGAACAAUAAAUAUGGAAGCACCUUAAACGUAACAGUUAGUUAUGCUGGAGUACAGGACACCGGGGGUGUCUGGGAACAUCAGUUUACGUGAGCCACGGCUCUAGCAGGGCCUUCUUGUGACUCAGAGUAGAUGAACAUAGCAUAGCGUUGUGUGUUUCUUGCUUUGUGUUGUCUCAUUUAGCAUGGAUCCAUAUGUUUGUUUUAUCCUUUUUGUCUUCUAUGUUAAUUAUGCUACAUCUGUAUUUACAUUAUUAUAAUACUUAGAGUGGAGGGGAGAAAAACCAAGCAAUUUAAUGAGGUAUGCCAUAAGAUCAUACCGAUUCAAGGAAAGGGGCAGAACAGAACAUUGUCUAAAUGGAAAUCUGAAUUAUAGAGUAUUUUAGGGAAUAUAUAACUUGCAGAUAGAAUGAUGUUUUAAUUGAGGUAUAAAUUAUAUUAAUGAGACAAGAUGAGGAAGCAGUUACAUUCAGAUAGGACUGUACUGUGCUGUUUAUCACACAUGGAUCUUUUGCCAUAGGGUCAAGCACUAUAUCCACAAAUUGGAGAUGUGGUGAAAGGCAUGCAUAGAUUUUUGAACCUUUGGCUUUUCAAAGGGACCUAUACGGAAUUCUUUCUAUUGUAUAUAAACCCCUGAAAAUUCAUGGAAGACAAAUCAUUAUUCUUUUUGCUCUGUAUAUCAUAUCAUCUGAAAUAUUAUAAGUCCCAAAUUUCUUGGUGCUACAUGAAUUCAAUUUUACAGUAACUCUUACUGUUCUUUUAAGUAUUAAAUUGGGAUAGCAUUUAGACUUGGUUUUUUAAGAUGUGUAAAAUGUUCUCUGCAAAAUUGUUCAGGUCAUUGUCUCCUUUUAUAUACAGUUAUUUAUUGUAAAGACCAGUGAAUUAAGAUAUUUAAAGUGAGAGAACCUAAUUAUUUACAGAAGUGAGUUGUAGUUUGUUUUUUGACAGAACCAAAUGAAUUUUUUCUUCUUUUUUAAAAAACAGGCUUUUAAUUUAAAUAUGGAAGCUAAGCAAUGGAAACUUUACUAUGUUUUUGAUAGUAAAAGAUACCAAUAAAGUAUUUUAUUAUCAAAAGUUAAAUCAAAAUGUGAUAAGCUAAUUUCUUUCUGUUGAAAAGUAUCAAAUACAGAAAAUUGCAUGACAUAUAACUGUGUACUUUAAAGAAUAGUGAUGCCAACACCAGUGUAGCAGCUAUUCAGAUUUGAAUCUCAAACUUUGUUGAUGAAAGGCCUCUGUGUGCACUUUCUUAAUCACAUACCCUCACUCUGACCGUAUUAGUCACUAUCCUGAUGAUUUUUGUGAUAAUUUUUCACUUAUUUUUCUUCACUGUUUUCCCAACUAUGUAUGUAUAUCUACACAAUAGACUAUUUUACCUGUUUUGAAUUAAUAUGUGUAUUAAUUCAUCAUAUAUUCUCUAACAGUCAGUGGUUUUUUUUUGUUCGUUCAUGUUAAUCUCAAAGUUAAUUCAUUUUAAUUACUGAUUAGGAUUCCACUAAAUGAAUAUACUGCAGUAUUCUUUCUACUCUUGAUAGAUAUUUGGAUCACUCGUUUUUUUUGUCGUUUGUUUCCUUAUUUGCUUUGGCUGUCACAAGCAAUGUUGCCAUGAAUACUGCUGUGUAUGUCUCUUACGAGCAUUUGAGAACUUCUCUAGGAGUAAUGAUGCUAAGUCACCAGUUGUGUGUAUAUUCAACUUACUUCCCAAAGUGGACCACUUCCAGCACUGUAAGAGAUUCACUUUGCAUCCCUGGCAAUACUUAAUUAUGUCAAACUUUUUAAUUUUUGCUAAUCUAGUGGGCCUUAGGCAUGAAUUGUAGUUAUAAUUUUCAUUUCCAGUCUUUUUGCCCAUUAUUAUAAGUUCAUAGGAAUUCUUCACAUAUUCUGAGUACUAAUUCUUACUGGUUAAAUAUUUGCAAAUAUCUUCUCUGGGAUGUGACUGUCCUUUCCCAUUCUUCAUGGUACUUUUUGAUGAAUAAAAAUUAACUUUAAUAUGUUUAGUUAAUCUUUUUCCCUUUAUGUAUUCUUUUUAUUGUUAAUUUUUGACAUCAUAAUGGAGAAAAGUAUUUUAAAGCUGUUGUUCUGUAUUAUCUUCUGCGUACCUCAUACAUAGCUUUAUUCUGAAGGAUUGUCAUGGUUAUUUGUAACCUUUGUACUUUCAUAAAAGUUUUAGAAUAAGCUUGUUAA